GUACUUAUAGUCAUGCAGGGUUAAGGAGAUGAAAGACCUAAAACGCGUAGCGCUGGAUACUCUGACGUUCUUGCCUCCAUUUCUAUGCAAACUUUUUGUAUUUUCUAUGUGAUUUGUGGAAUUAACCUGCCUGCUAUUUGAUCCCAGAUUUUUUAAUUUUUUUGGUGGGAAAGUGGAAAUUAUUUUGCUUUUAUUUAUUUUUUAUUGUGGCCAAGAUAAAAUCUUUUACAACAGACGGAUGGUCAGUCAGACAGCCAUGCGAGGUCAGCGUGUGGUGGAGAGCGUGUGCAGGUGCUGGAACCCGGCCGUCUGGCUCCUGGUGUCCCUGUUGGGGUCCCUCAUCUUGGUGGCUGUCAGUGUUCUGCUGCGACUUGGAGACAUGAAAGUGAGCAGACGGGCUGUAUCCACUGAUGGCGAGCAAAGUCCAGUGAUGACACCGUAUCAAGUACGACUAGUGAAUGGACGUAACAGGUGUGAAGGUAGAGUGGAGGUGCGCUACAAUGACUCAUGGGGCACAGUGUGUGAUGACGACUGGGACAUGGUGGAUGCCAACGUGGUUUGUCGGCAGCUGGAGUGCGGAGUGGCUGCAGCAAUGGGCAGCACCUCUUCGUUUGGACAAGGCACAGGGCCCAUCAUGUUGGACAAUGUGGACUGCAGAGGAAAUGAAACAAACCUUAGCCAAUGCCGUAGUCAGGGCUGGGGCAUCCACAACUGUUACCACUAUGAGGAUGUGGGUGUUACCUGCAAAGAAAAGGCCACACUGGGAUCUAGAGGUUUUGAGGAUUCCACCACGCCACCACAGGAGAGCUCUGGUUUACGAGAUGGCACCAUCCGUUUGGUGAAUGGACAAAACGCCUGCCAGGGCCGGGUUGAGAUCCACUACCAGGGAAAAUGGGGAACAGUGUGUGACGAUGACUGGCAAAUGAACAAUGCCUGGGUGGUGUGUCAACAACUCGGCUGUGGUAGUGCCAUUUAUGCACACACUAACUCCUACUUUGGCUACGGUACCGGCUUGAUUCUCCUGGACAAUGUCCAGUGUUACGGCACUGAACCAGACCUGACAAAAUGCAGAAGCCUGGGCUGGGCCAAACACAACUGUGGCCACCAUGAGGACGCUGGGGUCACCUGCUCUGGAUCCACUACCACCCCGCCUAUAGCAACUAUAAACCAGAGGGGGUUCAGGGGAACAGUUGACACUCAAGCAACAGAUGAAGUUCCAGUCACGGAGUCAACAAGUACAACAACAACUGUUACCACAACUGUCCAGACAAAACGCAAGCCAGCUAUUCGUGUGAUGAAUGGGAACAGUAGCUGCCAGGGUCGUGUAGAGGUCCUCUACAGAAAUGUUUGGGGGACGGUGUGUGAUGAUGAUUGGACCAUGCCCAAUGCAAAAGUAGUGUGUCAGCAGCUUGGCUGUGGCCCGCCUAUUGCAGCCAAGAACCAGGCCUACUUCGGCUAUGGUUCAGGUCCGAUCCUGCUGGACAACGUGGAAUGUAAUGGCGACGAAGCUGAGCUCCCUGACUGCUUUCAUCUGGGCUGGGGUCAACACAACUGUGGCCAUCAUGAGGAUGCUGGAGUUAUCUGUGCAUCUUUUGAAUUCAAAUUUACAAACACGCGUGACUUUGGAGUGACAGAAAAGGCAACCACUACCACCCCAUCACCCACCGCAGGAAUGGUGAGACUGGUGGGUGGCCAGCACCGUUGUGAGGGUCGAGUGGAGAUGUACCUAAAUUCUGAAUGGGGCACAGUGUGCGAUGAUGCUUGGGACCUGCCCGAUGCCCAGGUUGUGUGUCAACAAGUGGGCUGUGGAGAGGCCGCGGCGGCUCGGGUAGAAGCUUUCUUCGGGCCAGGCACGGGAACAAUCCAGCUGGAUAAUCUCAAGUGCAAUGGUGCUGAGGCAUCUCUGCAGGAGUGCUCCCAUAUAUCCUGGAAUAUGCACAACUGUGACCACUCUGAAGAUGCUGGCGUCACUUGUUCACUGUCAUGAUUUCAGCAGAGCCACACUCCCACCUCCUGAGCAGGAAGUGGGCAUACCAUCCUGGGACUUGUAUGCAUUAUGUAAAUAACAGCUUUCACAUUGCUGAAGGAAUACUUUGCCCUCAACAACAUACAAAAACAACUAAUAUGACAAUAUAUGAUUAGAUAUUAUAACUAUAUAUGCCUAUUAAGCACUUUAUAAAUAUAUUAUAUAAAAUACAAUGUACACAUUUUUUAUUUGAUAAAUGAAGAAAAAAUAAGCUUUUAACUGUCCGUCUGUCUUUCAUUGUUAAAAUAUUUACUGCACAUGUUAUACUUUGAUGAUUAAGUAAGGAACAUACUGGAGGAAAUCCAUCAGUUCACAAGUGUAUGGAUAAAAGUAAACAUAUUUUUACAGGAAAAAUUUAGAUCCACAAUCCAAAAAUAUGUAUGAUAAAACAAAUAGAAAUAUAAAUGAAGAAAAUGAUAGUGUAUACUAUAAACAACAUGAAUACAAGGAAACAGAUACAUCCGUGAAUAAAUGUGUUAUAGCUUGUGAAUAUAUGAAAUAAAUGAUGUGCUUCUUGUGUUCUGUAAACUCCAAUAUACAUAAAUGUAAUAAUCAUUUAUAUGUGACAAAAUAAAUUUUCCUAUUUUUCUGUACAUAACAUA